UUUUCACUCCUUUUGCCUUCCUCUCCUUCUUCCUCUCCUUCUUCUUCUUCUCCUUCUUCGUCUGCGAUGACGACGACGCUGGUGGUGCGCGCGCUGCUCGUGCUCUGCGUCGCUGUGGUCGCCGUGCAGGGCUGCGGCAUCUCGACACACAUUACGAUCGCCCGCUACGCACUCGACUUUUUCGACCCCGUCGAGCAUGAGGACUACAAACAAAUUGCGCUCAAGCACCAGGACGCCUUCCAGGCAGGCAACCCUUACCCAGAUGCCUACUACAACAGCCUCUGCUUCAAGGGCAACUUUGGCUACGUCUCGGAAGACACCCACUGGACGCCAUUCAUGAAUGCCACGGCCAACUACAUCCGCUCGGCCUACCCGCGCCCGUGGUCUGAGGCUGCAGAGAAGCUCGUCGCCUUCUACCUCGGCUUUGUCUCGCAUGAGGUCGCGGACAUUUCCUGGCACGCGCUGGGCAUUCCGCAGGGCUUCCUUUCCACCAUGGGCAACGAAAACUUCCAUGGCAGCUUCAGUGCCGCUCACAGCGUUGGCGACGAGGGUGGCGACGUCGUGGCCAACUAUGAGCUCCAGCUCAAGUUCAUCUCUGAGAUUGGCAAGUGGUACAUUCCCGUGCAGGAUUUGCUCAAGAUUUACACCCAGCUCUAUGGCGUCAACCCCAUCAAUGCCACUGUCGUCGAGGAGUGCACUGCCUGGCUCUUCCUCGGCCGUCUCGGCGAGCGCCUCGCGGUUGCCAAGGCCUUCCCCAGCUACUCGAAAAAGUCGCCCUUCCUCGUCGAGUCGUUCAUGGAGUUCUUCCUCGGCGGCGUGUACGACAUGGCUGCCUGGACGCAGCUCAUCUGGAACAACGCCUCCAUCCCCAUGGUUGAGCGUGGCACCCAAACGUGCGACCUCAACAACAACCCGAUGCUUGUUCGCUGCGCCGCUGCGGACGCCCACGAUGUCCCCAAGUCUCCCAAGAUGCCGCAGCAGGCCAACCGCCGUGCAUGCGCCAACAGCCAGGGCUUUGGCGAACGUCUGCAGCGCGUCAUUGAGCCCCGCAAGCUCUCGCUCUCCGACAUCAAGAUCUCGCGCACUGCCGACGGUGGCGCGUACCUGGAGCCCAGCGUCGAAGUCAAGGAGGCCCUGCGCGAGGUCGAGGCUAUCAUUCUCGCCGCAAAGGAAGAGGAGCUCGCUCGUCGCGAGACUGCGCGACAGGCCAAGGCUGAGGCGCUUGGUGCUCCCGCGUCCGGUCUGUUCACGACCUCGACCAACCACUCCCGCGUUGGCUGGGCCAUGGCGUCCGGUGACUUUAACAACGACGGUAUCGCCGAUGUUGCUGUCGGCGCCCCCGGCACUGGCGAGGCUGGCAACGCCCAACAUGGUCGCGUGUACAUUGUCUACGGCGCCAAGGGAGAUCUCCACAACGUUGAUUUGAACGCUGCGGCCAACCUGAUCAUCGACGGCCAGGACCUCUAUGGACGAUUUGGCAGCGCCUUGGCAGUCGUUGACUUGAACGCUGAUGGCGUUGAUGAUUUGGCUGUCGGCGCACCCUCGGUCGGCGCUGGCGACAUCAUGUACACUGGCAAGGUCUUUGUGUUUUACGGAAAGAAGGGAUCCACCCUGUCGACGACCGCUGGCACGGUCAUCUCGGGCCAAGACACCUACCACAACCUCGGAUGGCGUCUCGCUGGCGGAGAUCUGGACUCGGACGCUCGCGCGGAUCUCGUUGUCGGCGCCCCGUACGCGCCCGCUGGCGGAAACCAGCGAGGAGCCGUCUACGUUUUCCGCGCUUCGGCAAACCACGGCCAACAAGUCGAGUCCCUCACUGUGGCAAACGCCGACUGGACCAUGACGGGCGAAAUGGACAACGCGUGGUUUGGCUACCACGUCUCGGUCGAACGUUCGUCGCCCGAAACCAACUCCACAGGCGUGCUGCUGGUUGGCGCCCCUUCCACCCGCAUCUGCGCUUCGUCGGGCUGCUCCUUCUCCGAUUCGGACGUUCAGUCUGUCGGCAAGAUUUUCGGCUUUGCUCCCGCCCAGUCGGCCUCCAACCCCAUCUUUACGCUCGCUGGCGUUCAGUCGUUUGGCAAGCUGGGUCUCUCGGCUGCCAUCGGCUCCCCUCUUGGCAGCUUCUCCGAGCCCCACCUGAUUGUUGGUGCCCCGACGCAGACCGUUGAAGGCAAGAUUGCUGGCAUUGCCGACUCGCUCGACCAGGCUGGCGCCGUGUACAUGAUUCGCCUUGCAGACCUGCUUGGCAAGGCGCAGACGCUCAACCAAGUCACCCCCGCGCUGACCCUGGGUGGCGAUCGCCGCUACGCUCGCUUUGGCUGGCAUGUGGUUGUCGCGGACGUCAACGACGACCAGGUCGAUGACGUGCUGAUUUCGGCGCCCACCCGCACCGACGAUGUUUCAGAGGAGCUGCUUGCCGGCGAGGAAGGUAUCGUCUACGUCUUCCACGGCGGCGCCAAGUUCCCCACGGGCAACGCCACCUCCCACGACUGCGGGCUUCUUCCGCUGUACGAGCCCUGCCCUGGCCAUGUCGCAUCCACCGUCUUCCAGCCCAACGAGGCCGACUCGCGCUUUGGCGCUGCUUUCAUUGCCGCGGACGUUGAUGGCGACGGCAAGCGCAACGUUAUCGUUGGUGCUGAGCGCAGCCACCAGGGCUCGUAUCUCGGCGGCACCGUUGAGGUUUUCUUGAAGGAUUGAACGCGCGUGUGUGUGCAGUGCGUAUUUUGUUAAUGAAUGUGAUUUACCACCAAGCGCA